AUGAAGGCUCUACCAUUUAUUGCAGGUGCUUUGUUUAGCGUUGGAUGGUUCUUGUGGAUUGAUGGACACGUCUAUGAGAACGUUCGUAACAAUAGAGAUCACGAUCAGUUUGGCCCAUCGAUUCAAUGGCUCUUCUAUCUACCGGGUAUAUUCGCUACAGUUGGUCUGGUGAUGGCAAACAUUGUCAACUUGGAAUCAUUGUCGUCAUUCAGCUUUGCCGACGAGGGCAGCGCCACCAAGAUCCGCGUCUGGCUCUUCCUCAGCUUUGCCAUCAACUUUGGUUGCAUCGCCGCUGCCAUCUGGAUCAUGGUUGCCAACUUCAUGCCACCUCACAACAAGAACUCUGAUGCUCAGUAUCCAGGUAUUGCUCUCACUGUCCAGAACGUACUUAUAUUCAUUAGUUCACUGAUAUUGGUAUACUCCAAAUCACGUCAAGAGGAAGAGCAAUAUUAG